GAAAAUAAAACUGCUGUUAUGUCAACAAACACUUUGCACAUUUUGAAAUGACUGAAGCCGAACGUUCUAAAGUAUUUAUAGCAAACGUUGACAGAUAUGAUGAAUGCAACAUUGCAAAAUUUUUGUCUCAACUUGUUAUUGGAAGGGCCUCAAAAGCAGAGGAUGAAGAAGCUGUUGAAGAAGGCAAUGUGACUUCCAAGCAAGUAGGAAAUCCCCAAACGUAUUCAAUUUACGGUACAGUGGAUGAUUCUUGCAAAGAUCCCCCUGGUUUCGUGAAUAUCAUCACAAUGGAUGACAAACGGCAAGACUAUGUUGAAAAAAUCAUUGAAUGUGAUUAUAUCAUUUACAAUAUCAAAGAUGAUCACACUGUUGUUGAUGAUGCUUUGUGGAUACUAGAUCAAAUUCAUAGUAAUUUAGAAUCUUUUACAACACAAAAGAUAUUCAUUCUUAUUUCUUCUGUAUUAACAUGGUCCAAAAGUGCACUUCCAGAUCCAGAUGAUCCGGAAAUGCCUUUUACUGAUGAUGAUUAUUUAAGAAGGAAAUCACAUCCAAACUUUAAAGAGCAUAUAUUAGCUGAGAAAUCAGUUGUACAACAAGGAAAAACAAAUAAACUAAAACUACUUACCUAUGUUAUCGCAUGUGGUCUAACGUAUGGAGAGAAAGAAAAUGUAUUUCAUCAUUUCUUCAAGGCGGCAUGGAAUAACGAAGAAUUUAUUCAAUUACCAGGAGAUGGGAAUAAUAUUGUACCUACAAUACACUUACGUGACCUAACCAGCAUAUUGCAGUUCGUUAUGGAAAUGAGACCAGCAAAACACUAUAUUCUGGCUAAAGAUGAUUCUCAAAAUACACUUCGUGAGAUAGUCAAAGCUAUUUCUACAAGUAUGACAACUGGUCAUAUUAAAUCUAUCUCUAAAGAAGAAGCUUUGUUUUGUCGAGAUAUAACACAAAAUGCAAUGGAUCAGUUAUUAGUAUCAAUUCGUAUGAAUGCUAGUUAUGUAAAAGAAAAUUUUCAAAUUAAAUGGCAUUGUGAAACAGGAUUAGUAGAUCAUAUUAAUUUGAUCACGAAAGAAUAUAAAUUAUCUCGUCAAUUAAUACCUAUUCGAUUAUGCAUUCUUGGUCCACCUGCAAGUGGUAAGACAACACUGGCUAAAAAGCUUUGUGAAUAUUAUAAAUUGCCGCAUAUACAUAUUAAACAAGUCAUCGAUGAAGCUAUAGCUAAUCUAAAAAAACGUGUUCAAAUGAUUGAAGAAGCUCAAAGUGAUCAAAACCAAAUGCUUAAUGAAAAUGAAUAUCCAGGCAGUGAAGAUUCUGAGUUCUUAGAAGCUAUUCAACAAAACAUGACUGAAAAUAACGGUCGACUUGGUUUAGAAUAUGUAACAACAUUAUUUCAAGAAAAACUCAACUCUAAGCCAUGUCAAAAUCAAGGAUACAUAAUUGAUGGAUAUCCGAAAUCAAAAAAGCAAGCAGCCUCGUUGUUUUCUCCUAGUGGGGGUAGUGGGGAUGGCGAAGAAGACGAAGGAGAACAAGAGAAUGAAGAAGAGGAGGAAGAAGGAAUUAAAGCAAUAGAUACAAGCGAUUUUACACAAUCAGCUAAUGAAUUGUUUAAAAGUCAAUACUUACAAUCUGAAAAAGAAGCAGACGAUGUAACUAAAGAAUUAGGAUUAUUAUCAACUCAACCAAUACCGAUGCAAUUACCUAAAGGAUUACUUCCUGCAUAUGUAUUUGAACUUCAAGCAACUGAUAACUUUUUAAGAGAUCGUAUUAUGAAUAUGCCAGAAUAUAAAGUACAUGGGACACAUUAUACUGAAUCGGGUUUCUGGCGACGUUUAAAUGAAUAUCGUACUAAUCAAAUAGGAAUAAAUCCAGCUUUAUCACCUACUUUAAAUAUUCCUGGAUCUCCAGGUUCUGAACCUGAAGUUGGACAAGUUGAUUUAAAUUCAUUAAGUCCAUUAGCUUCAGCAAGUAUUUACGAAAAUUCUGUAAGAGCUUAUUUUGAUUCCAAAGGAAUUCUUCAAAUCCCAGUCAAUAUAAUGACUGAUGAAAGUGAAGAAGACCUGAUCACAUUUGUAUUUCUCUUAGGGUAUACUCUUAAUUAUAAAUCUUCAUUCGUACAUACUGUAGUUUAUCAUGGGAGUUGGAACAAAACAUUUAAAAAACUAGUUUAUUUUAUUGGUCCACCACGUAAUUAUGGUUUAUCUGAUGAAGAAAUUGAAAAGCAGCGAUUAAUUGUGGAAAAGCAACGUAUUGAAUUUGAAAGAGCAGAGGAGGAAAGAUUAAAACAAGAAAUUGAAACUGCAGAAGCUGAACGUAAUCGACGUAUAAAAGAAUGGAAAGAAAAACAGGAAGCUUUGGAAAAAGAAGAAGAAGACCUAUUAAACAAAGAAGCAGAACCAUUAAGGGCUUAUUUAAGAAAGCAUAUUAUGCCAGUAUUAGCAAAAGGAUUAACUGAAUGUGUUCGUAAACGUCCAGAUGAUCCGCUGGAUUUUCUAGCUGAAUAUUUGUUUUACAAUAAUCCUCAAGUUGAUUAA